GCUGGAUUGAGAGGACAGAGUUACCGAGCCGGUAGGAGAGCAAUCUUCUAGCACGUUGCGAAGCCGCUAGUGUUUUCUGGCAGCAACCACCACCCAGGUGUUAGGAGUCACUCCUUAGUAAAUCAACUAUAUAGAUUUUUUUUUUACAAUUGACUCACUGAUAUUUCCAGUUGACCAAAGAAAUGGUGAUGGAGAAGCCAAGUGCCCAGCUGGUCGGGCGGGAGUUUGUCCGACAGUAUUACACGCUCUUGAACCAGGCCCCGGACUACCUGCACAGGUUUUAUGGAAAGAACUCCUCCUAUGUACAUGGUGGGCUGGACUGUAACGGAAAACCAGCAGAGGCUGUUUAUGGCCAGUCUGAGAUCCAUAAGAAAGUGAUGGCCCUGAGUUUCCACGAUUGUCACACAAAGAUUCGUCACGUGGAUGCUCACACCACCCUGAAUGAGGGUGUGGUGGUGCAGGUUAUGGGUGAGCUAUCCAACAACAUGCAGCCCAUGAGGAAGUUCAUGCAGACGUUUGUGCUGGCACCUGAGGGUACUGUUGCAAACAAAUUCUAUGUCCACAACGACGUUUUCCGUUACCAGGAUGAGGUGUUUGGUGACUCUGAUUCAGAGCCUCCAGAAGAGUCUGAAGAUGAGGAGGAGAUCGAGGAGAGGGUUGCUUCUCCUGACGUCGCUCCUGAGGAAUCUGCCCCCUUCUUCGACCCCACAGCUUGUCCAGAACCAGCUGUUCCUGGAGAGGAAGAAGAAGCAGUGGCCGUGGCCAGUCCUGAACCAGAACAAGACCUGGAGAAGGAAUCUGAGCCUGUGGAGCUGAAGUCGGAGACCUUGGUGGAGGCGCAGGCUGACACUGUUGAUGAUGCCACAGAGAAAAGUCAAGCUGCUGCACCGACUACUGUUGAAACGGCUCCUGUAUCCGCUGAACCGGUACCUGCUGCUCCAGAAGAGAACAGGCCAUUCUCAUGGGCUUCAGUUACUAGUAAGAAUCUUCCUCCCAGUGGUGCAGUCCCCGUCUCAGGAAUUCCUCCACAUGUCGUUAAAGCCACUCCCUCAGCACAGCCCCGAGUAGAAGUAAAACCAGAGUCUCAGACAUCCACACAAAGACCACAGAGAGAUCAGCGGCCCAGGGAGCUAAGACCUGGAGGUCCUCCACCUGUGCACAGAGGACCCAGACCAGUGCGAGAAGGUGAGCAAGGUGAAUCUGAGGGCCGCAGGGUGAUCAGGUAUCCAGAUGCCCACCAGGUGUUUGUGGGCAACGUUCCACAUGACGUGGACAAAAGCGAACUUAAGGAAUUCUUUGAACAGUUUGGAACAGUCCUGGAGCUGAGGAUCAACAGUGGAGGGAAGCUGCCAAACUUUGGCUUUGUCGUGUUUGACGACUCUGAACCAGUCCAGAAAAUCCUUAGUAGCCGGCCCAUCAAGUUCAGAGGUGAUGUUCGUCUUAAUGUGGAGGAGAAGAAAACACGCUCAGCCCGGGAGGGUGACCGACGGGACACAAUGCCCCGUGGUCCUCGGGGUCCUGGUGGUAUUAGAGAGCGCAUAGGAGGUGGAGGCCGUGGAGGUCCUUCAGCCCGUGGAGGAGUAGCACAGAAACCCAGCUUUGGCUCCGGACGUGGUUCUGGGCCCAGUGAUGGACGCUACUCCGCCCAGCGCCAGUGAGGCAGUUCAUCCACAUCCUCCUCGUUCCUCCAUCACCUUCCCAGGCUUCAAACCUUGAGUUAGUUUGCUGUUUGAAUUCAAGUUACUUGCGUGUUCACCAAUUAAUUUUUACUCAUUUUACUGCCACAGGAGGCAAUGGUUUAAAAGCGAUUAAAACAAUUGGACCAGAACUCGGUAGGAUUAAGCAUUGUACGACUUGCAGUACAGAUGACAACCGAAACACUUUUUACACACAUUUUUAAUUGGCUGUUCAAGAGUUCCUGGACUGUGGGCUGUUGUGUUGUUUUGGUUUUAAGAGAAGUUCACUGCAUCUUUAGUUACAUUCACUGAACAGGGACAGAGUCAUGCCCUUCAAAUCCAUGCAUAAAAUGACACAUCCAUGACAAGGUGGCGCUGUAUCCGCAGCUAAUGCCUUAAAUCCUCGACACUGAGAAGUGACUUGUAUUAAAGGUAAAACAUGCAUGUAAUCCUUUUUUUAGGGGCUGAACCUCAGUUUAGACCACACCAUUCCUCACUUUUCUUUUCCUCGUCACCAUGAUGGUGAACACGUCUGGAAAGGAUCACUCUGUAACUGACACAGGUUUUUAGGCCGAGAGCUCGACACAGACUCCUGCUAAACAUCCAGUGUUUUUGUCUGUUUCCAAGAUGGCUUCCUCCUCAGACCUCCUCAUUGCCCUCUUGUGGAGGCCUCACAUGUAUUAUCUGGACUUGUCAUUUUGUUUUCUUUUCAUGCUGAACUUGGAUUUAUUACAGAUUAACAAGUUAAAUACACACACACAAAAAUAAGAGUAAAUACUACUUGAAAUGGGGAUUUAAAAACCCAGGCGUUAGGUUGUUUGUUUUUUCGCGUUCUCUCUCCCUGUUUCUUAAAGGAACGUGUACUUUACUGCUUGGGCAAUCCUGUGUAUUGCUGCCACCGUUGUAUCUAGCGAUGAUCUGUCUCAUCUUUUUAUUCUGUCAGGUCGAGAGCUAAAUCUGUAGUUUGUUUUUUUUUAUUUGAGUUGACAUUGGCUCGUAGAACUGCGUGAGUUCAUGAAUGCGUCCAAAAACUGAGCACAUUUCAUACCAUGAAUCUAGUUAGGCUUCUUGUACAGGCGCACUUCAUUUGUUGUCACCAUGUUUAAACUGAGCUCACCUGUCAAUGAGAGAACUAAAUUAAAGUGAUUUACUGUUUUAAAUCCUUUGUCUCCUCCUGUCUUUUUCUAGAGUGAAGCAAAGGACAAUGAUUUCUGACCUGGUGAAAUAUUUUUGGGGAAUAUGGAGAAUCAAUAAAUUCCAUUUGCUACUCUUUAAGACAAGUGCCAGUUUCCUGACAUGUUCUCUUGGUAAUAGACAUGUUAUGAAAAAAAUGUAUUC